CGCGUUGGCCAUCUGUGUUACCCAGGUACCCUCACUAGCGCAGCACUGAGGCCGACUGGCCGUUUCUCUCACCCUUAUGCCUCCAGAUCCCGAGAGGCAGCUCGUCCCCCAGUGGACCCCCGAGGCAUGUCUCCCCUCGCCAUCCCCCAUGUGUUCACCUGCUCAUUCGAUACUCAGCUCGUCGUCCUCUCCUAUGCCAUUUCGUGGCUCGGCGCGUACACCAGCACCCAAAUCGUCAUCCACGCCAAAUAUACCCGCAGCAAAUGGGCGAAAUGGUUCUGGACGUUACUGGCGAGCCUUGCGUUCGGGUUCUGCGCAAUAUGGUCAAUGCACUUUGUGGGGAUGCUUGCCUGUCGAAUGGAUAUCGCAAUCGGAUUCGACCCUUCUCUGACAGCCCUCUCCGCGAUUGUCGCAGUCGCAUUCACCUUCGCAGCUCUAUCUAGUGCCUACGUCACGGACGCCAUUGAAAAGUCGCAUUUUGCCCGUACAGUUGUCAUCGCUGUCCGUACCUUGCGCAGAUGGAUGUUCUCGUGUUGUCCCAAGUGGGAUAUCGAGGCAGGCUACGAGCAGCUGAGCAGCGAGGAGGACGAACGGCCUCCGCGCACAUCACAAGACGUCCUGUCCCAGCAACUGAACGAGGACGCCGACAUGGACUUGUACAGUGACGACCCCCUCGACUUCGCAAUGCAGCACGACGGCGGCAGCAGCGCCUUCUACGAGCCGGAGACGGCGCCGCCGCACGCGCCGAUCUUCUUUGAGCCGCCGUUCCGAGCUGGGGCCGCCCCAGACGUUGUUCAGCGCGAGCUCAUUGCACAACGCGGACGACCAAGAGGACCAACGGCGAUGACCCGAGCGAGCACCCAUCCGGUCGCGAGGAGCACGACGCUUCAGUCACCCACGCUAGUCCGGCAACGGUCCCUGCCCCGGCCGACGGGGGCAAGCCAGGACUCGUCGAGCACGUCGAGUACGCUUUCGUCGGAGCUCUCGUCGGAUUCGACCUCUCAUCAUCGCCCGCGCGCGAACUCGGGUACGGGUAGCGCACUAAGCGGGACGGCGACACUGCAAAGCAACGCGAGCGGAGCCACGAGUGGCAGCUCGGGGAGCUCGGGGAGUUGGGGCGACGUGCACGUCGGGCUUAGUAGGGAGGCGAGGAUGCGGAUCAAGGCGAGGGCGAGGGAUCGGCCUGCGCCGGUGUUUGGAUGGAAAUACUGGAUUGGUGUACAAUGGAGGACGAUCACGGCGUUGCUGGUUGCUAGAGCGGCGGUAUGGGGGCUCGCGCUGGUGAUGAUGCAUUACUGCGGGAUGUGGGCAAUGAUCAUACCUGGCGGCCGGAUCUCCUGGCAUAUGGGUAUUGUGGCCCUGUCGUAUGUCGUUGCGUUUGCGGUGUGCCUCAUCGCAUGCACUACUAUGGAGCAUAUGGAGGUGCAUUUCGCUCGGCAGGUUGCGUUCAGCACCAUUGCUGCACUCGGGGUGUGCUCAAUGCAUUAUACCGGCAUGGCCGCCGCAACCUUCUACACCUACAACCCUCCCGCGCCUCCAGGCCAAGCAGGGUACCCCAGCUACCUGCCCAUGACCAUUGUUGGCGUGGCCGUCUCCGUGUGUGUCGUUUCCAAUCUGAUCCUUGCGCACAAUGCCAUCAUCGCGCGAAACAAGAUGGCGGAGAUGAUCCUGACGAAGCGGCGGCUGUGGCGGAUCAUGGCGGAGAAGGAGGCGGCAGAGCAAGCGACCGAGCUGAAGCAGCAAUUCAUCAGCGUUGCGAGUCAUGAGAUACGGACUCCGCUGCAUACAGUCAACGGGUACUGCGAGUUGAUGGCACGGACGCCGCUGGACGAAGAGCAAGAACUAUACGUCUCAAGCAUCCAGCAAGCGUGUCACGCCCUCAAUGUCAUCGCAGGGAACGUCCUUGAUUUCAGCAAGCUUGAUCGCAACAACGCAGAGUUGUCUGCCAAGCCCGUGCUCAUGAAGCUGCGCAAGGUCGUCGAGGACGCCGCACGGAUACAGCCCAACCAGCCAAAUGUAGAGAUUGUGGUGUCGGUUGCCGACGAUGUGCCAGAUACAGUGUUCUUGGAUGAUACGUACACAUUUCGGGUCCUCAUGAACCUCCUCUCCAAUGCGCAGAAGUUCUGUGAGAAGGGCUACAUAUGCGUGGUCGUGCGAUUGCGUAAGCCAGGCCAAGUUGUCUUUCAAGUACGCGACACGGGCGUCGGCAUUCCUGCAAGCUUUCGCGGCGCGCUCUUUCAGCCUUUUCGGCAGGCGGACCAGUCUCUUACGCGUCAAAAGCAAGGCACGGGACUUGGACUGAGCAUUGUCAAGCACCUGGUGUCCCGCAUGAACGGGUCUGUCGAUGUGGAAUCCGUUGAGGGAGAGGGAAGCACGUUCAGCGUCAGGUUACCCAUCGGUCUCCCCGGCCAAGAUCAAGGGACUACGGAGGAGCCGCUCUUGGACAUUGUAAGCGAGCCACCGCAAGCAUCGAGCCGCAAGCGGAUACGGGUCGUGCACAGCGACAAGCGCGUCGAAGCUCUGUUCGUCAAGCUCUUCGCCGACCAUGGUUACGCGUCGGUAUAUGGACUCCAGGAGGCGUCUGUACAAGAGAUUGUACGAAAUGCCGAUGCAGUAUGGGCGGAUAUCGAGAGCAUCUCCUCGUCGGCUCUCCUACGUGCGCUUCUCUGCGCUCAGACGUCUCGUCCAUUUCCUGUAUACGUCUUGCAUACCGACUCGCACGAUAUGUCCGUUUUGGAGCCCGAGCUGAGCGCGGCGGAGAAUGCGGUAUUUCUCAAGCGGCCACUUAUCCUGCAUUCACUGAGGGAGGUCCUCGAGGCUCCCGAGGCCCACAUGGGUGGGCAUCUCCAGAAGGAGGCGCCGAAGGUGCGGUUCGCGAUCCCGGUGGAUGCGGAGGCGGUCACUGCGUUGCGAAAGGAGAAGUUCGUAGAGAGGUCUCCGGGUUCUGAGAAGGCGGAGGAGGGCUUGGAGGUGAUCGAGAUGGAGCCGAAGAGGAAGGAUGUCGUGUUGCUUGUGGAAGACAAUAUGGUCAACCAGCGGCUAGGAUGCAGGCUGCUGGAGAAGCUCGGAUACGAGGUCGUCGCCGUGAACGAUGGCCAGCAAGCUGUCGAUGCGGUUAAGCAACAAGCGUUCCAUAGCUGUCUAAUGGACUGUCAGAUGCCUGUCAUGGAUGGGUUCUCUGCCUGUCGGAGAAUCCGAGACAUGGAACGUGAAGGCGCAAUCUCAGGGCACCUGCCCGUCAUUGCGCUGACGGCAAAUGUCACGAGCGAGAGCGAGCAACGAUGUCGAGAAGCAGGGAUGGACCACUUUUUGCCUAAGCCGCUUGUCAUGGCAGACCUCGACGCUGUACUUAAAGCCCAAGGAAGGACUUCUCCGUACCGAUCUACACUUUGAUAUCCCUCAGUAUAUGUAUCCCGCACCAGUUCGUGUUGCUGUCAUCUCGCCUCCCACUGUUACUACACAUUGUCGCUGCUGUCCAUCGCAUUAACUUAAAUCCUAUUAUCAGAAAACAACCUAUCACGCAUACACGGACUCGACAUUUACUCAUUUACUGUCUCAACCAAUCAGUAUAUAUGCACCAUAUCUGUAUCCCUUACUAGCUUCCGCUGAGAAUGCAUUCCCAUGUAUCGAUCACUAUCAGGGGUGUCUCCUCGCGUGUGUAGUACAGAACAGUGACAAAUCACAGUCGUGAUGUUAUAAUCGAA